AUGUAUCAUAAUCAACACAAGGAUGCCAAGUACCCUUCUACAUUGACAACAAUAAUAUUUGGUCCAAAGUACAAUCAAUGGAUCUUUGAUCGAACACCUCCACAGUCAGUGACAUCGUUGACAUUCGAUUGCUCCUAUGAACGAACGAUCAAUUAUGGGGACCUUCCGGGAUCACUCAAGUACUUGAAGCUCCCCUCAUACUCUGAAGAAGUGUCAUCCGGCAGGUUACCGCCAGGUCUCACCACCUUGAUCCUUGGUGGUGAGUACUUCCAUGAGCUCAGGCCCGGCACCCUGCCACAGUCGAUCACAUCACUCUCACUUGGCGAUGCAAGUGUAAAGGGUAUUAAGCCAGGCGUUCUCCCCUCCUCGCUUACUGAGCUCAAGUUGAGCAAGUUCAAUGCGAAUAUCAAGCCUGGAGUGGUGCCGACGGGCCUGCUCACAAUGACAUUUUCAUCGUAUUCCUCGUUCAAUGAGGAGCUCCCUCCAAGGGUGCUGCCACCGACACUCCAACUCUUGAGUCUGCCCCUAAAAUAUGAUCAACCAUUUUGCAUUGGCUCACUUCCAGAGUCACUCACUACGCUUAUCAUUCAGAGAGAUGAAAAAUGGGACAACAUAUACAGUCAUGCAUUUGAACCAGGUGUAUUACCUGCAUCACUCAAGACAUUCGAGCUACCAAAGUUCAGCAAGAUCGUGGAUUCAUCACCAUUCCCCGCCUUGUCAUUCUACACCGAGUUGGAUAAAGAGGAUAGAAAGUACGAGCGAGAGAAUGAGAAUGAUGAGUAUGGUGGAUAUGAUCGUCGUCGCAAAGUUGUCAAAGACGAUGAAGAUGAUGAUGACGACGAUGACGAUGACGAGAAAUAUGAUAGCAAAGAUAACCCACCUCCAUUGCCAAGCUCGAUCAAGACGUUGGUCUUCAAUGGAUACCUUCAGAAUGGUUACAUUCCAAACUCUGUCGAGAAAUUGUUAUUGAGGACGUGCAAUUAUAGAUUUGAAUCUGGUCACUUCCCUCAAUCAAUCAAGACGCUCGAAUUAGGUGUCUGCCUCCGCCAACCAAGAUUUCUUGAGUUAUCUCUCCCUCGUUCGUUCACUAAGCUCGUUCUUGGCAACUCCUACUCAGAACCCAUCACGCCUGGUAUCCUACCCGACUCAAUCACUCAUUUAGAGAUUGGCAAAAAGUACACAUCUGGCUAUGAGAAGGAUGCAUUGCCAGCGUCACUCACCUGUCUGAAGCUUGCUGGUGCACAGAAGAGUGGAAUCUUCCUCCCACCAAAGAAGUUAUUAUACCUGGCCAUAACCUCUCUUCCUCAGAUCCAUCGUGUCAAGGGCGGGGUGGACCAUCUCUCUGUGACCAAUGCCAGUCUGACGACCAAGGACUCGACGGCUGCGCCACUCCUGACACCAAUAAGGACACUUUCAAUCCGGGCUACUGGUACUGCAUUCAAAAAUCGAUCACAGUUCCUCAAGACUAUAUUCAGAAUUGUGCCCAAUGUUGAUUGCUAUGACAUUGCAGUUGUCAACAAGGCUGAAGAUGUGUGGAGUACACAACUUCGCAAAUUGGAUCAGUGGCGAUCAAUCAUUGUCACGGACCAUCAUACCAUUCAAUACUUCAACAAUGCACCUGUGGAGCGUGUUACUUACUUGGAGGAAUUGGUCAAACAAUUGAGCAAGGAGAAUGAGACACUAAAGACUGAGAACGAAGAGAUGCGGGCACAACUAGAUUCACUGAGGUCAUCAUCGUCAAAGAAACCAGCAAGGUCUACAAUCCCAGCUCCAUCAUUGAUCAAGAUCAAAGUCGAGGAUAAUCCAUCAGAUGAAGCCACGACCACCACAACGACUACAACUACCACAACCGCUGCAGUCAAGAGAGAACCUCUGUCCAACAAAAGAAGAAGGAAAUGA